ACUCGCCCUCGUUUCCGGCGGCGUGAACGCGGAAGUGCCGGCACUGGCGCUUAAGCCCGACAGUGGCGGUGCCGCCGCGGCUAGAGAUGGACGGCGAUGCGGCGGCCCGAGGCGGUCAGGACGGGGUCCGGGAGCGGCGAGGCGUGGACGAGGCCGGGAGGCAGCGGCCGAACCACGAAGUACGCCCUCGGCAUGGGGCUCAGCACCUGCCAAAGCACUCCUACUGGUUAGAUAUCUGGCUCUUCAUCCUCUUCGAUCUGGUCUUGUUUAUCUUCGUGUAUCUUUUGCCCUGAUGAUUUGCCUGAUUGCCAAAUUAAGAAGUCAGCUUCUGGAAUGGAUUCUGAAAAUGACUACAAGCUUCAACAAAGAAGAUGGGAACAUGCAACAGAAAAAUAUCACACCUCUAAGAGACUUUAAUUUCAUAUUUUCUGUUAUUCAUUCUGGGACUAUUUUAAAUGGGUGAUGAUUUCACCCAUUCAUAGCUUAUAUAUUUCCAUUAACAUUUUUAAGGUUGGCGGGAUUUAGCACGAUGCAGCUAAUAUGUUGAAAUAGUAAGGAAAAGUACUUCAAAGUAAACUCCAAAGCAAGGAUUUUCAGGAAAGUUGAAACCUAGGUAGAAAAUUCAGGCCCUAAAUGUAUUGUCUGUAAGUACCAAUACUGGAAAGCUAAUAUGCAUGUUAUAACCUGAGAGCUUCUCUAUUCCUUUUAAAUUCUUCACCUCUCUAAAAUAAUGUCUGAAACUUAAAUACUUUCGCAAAGUCCACAUAUUUACUCAUCAGCGGAUAUUUUGAGUACUUACUAUCUGCCAUGGUACAGCAGUGAAUGGAAAAUUAAAAUGUUUGCCUCCCUGAAACUUACAGAUUUGUUACCUGUUAAUGAAAAGUAUAUUCUAGGAGUGGUUAGCCAAUAUUUAAUGAGAAAGCUCACAUUCCUAAACAGCUACUAUAAGCCUUUGAAAAACUAGUCCUAUUUUAUAACAUUCCUUUCUAUGCACAUGUUAAAAAUGGGUUAUUUUUGAAAUGGUGGCAUUUGGCAUGUAAAUUAAUUGCUAAAUAUUCUGGAGCUACUUUUCUUCCCUUAGAAAUGGCAUCGAUCUGAUAAACGCUAUGCACUACCUUUGAUAAUAGCAUAAUAGUAAGGUUCCAAUGAAAUCCUAAUGGUUGAACUUUUCAGGGUUUUAGUUACCUAUUGUCAACUCUGAGGUUAAUCGUUAUGCCUCUGGGAUACUGCUGCAUCUCCCCAGAAAGACCACCUUCAAUGCAAACAUUGAAGCAUCUAGAAAAAACACAGAACUGAGAUUUCAAGUGUACUUAACAGAUUACAUGAACUGUAUUUGUGCUGCUGCUAGUAAUUUUGUUUAAUAAAUGUUAAUUGUAUAGCUUAA